AUGUUUUGGAAAAAAACCUCUGCUGAAGAUAUUAAAGAAAGGACGGUUCUUCUACUGACAACUUGUAAGGAAAUGAUUUUCUACCUGCUUAGGAUUAGAAGACCAGCUCAUUCUUAGAGUCUUCUGAAAUAAAAUUAGAAUGGAUUGGAGAGAUGAAUAUUCUCAUAAUUCUUUUGACCUGCAUUGUUUGUUAAACUCAUUUCCUGGAGACUUGGAAUUUAAGCAAAUCUUCAGUGAUAUUGAUGAAAAUAUCGAACAAAAUGCUACAAGCAUAGAACGUUGCAUUAGAGAAAUACAGUCCGAAGUUAACAAACAGUGUCCAGAUGUUCAGCUGCAAACAACAACUGACUGCUUUGAAUGGCUAGCUAACUAUAAUUAUAAUACCUCUAAAUCACCUUCCAUUCCCCGUGGAGAUUUGAUAAAAUUCCUCAAAACACUGCAAAAUUUGUUGAAGAAUGAACAAAAUCAAGAAGAAAUGAUAUUGGAUUUACUUUGGGACCUCUCCUGCCAGAGCUGCAUUUCAUUCCCAUCGACUCUAAGUGCAACAUCUUUCCAUUUCCUCUCUAGGACUUCUCUUCAUUCUGUUGAAGAUCAUUCCUCUAUGGAUAUAAAGUCUAUAUGGGAUGAUAUAAGACUGUAUCUUCGGCGCUUCUUAGUGAACAAAUUACAAAGCUAUAAUGAAAUAAGCAAUUCACAGCAAAAAAUUUUAUUGAAAAAUCAAUGCAUACAACAACUCUUGUUUCUUUAUCCAGAAUCAGAAGUGAUAAUCAAGUACCAGAACAUACAGAAUAAACUGUUGGCUAAACUUCUGCAAAACUGCUUUCCUUCUUACAGCAGAGAUUCAAAUUUAGACAUAAUAGUCCAUGGAUGCCAAAGUACAAUGUUUAAGUUAUACUCAAUGAUAAAAGAGGAUUUUGACGCACUAUGUGAAAUUUUAGCCCCAUCCUCAACAGUGAAGUUCAUUAAAGAAACUUACCUGGAUACUGUUACAGAAGAAUCGGCAAAAUUUCUUGAAAACUUUUGUGAGCUGCAUUUCAAAGAAAAUGCUGUCCCUGUGGUUAAAACAAGCAAGAGCUCCAGCAAGCAUAGAGGAGCAGUGCAUGCUUUGGGUUAGUGACAUUUAAAAUUUAUGUUUGGUUUAACUUAAGCCUUUUGAUAUCUUUAAUUUCCUAAGAUGUUUCUAUUUGGUUAAAUCUCAUUGCAAACUUGAAAAUAAAUCAGCAAAUAAAUGUAAUGAAAUUGUACAGUACA